AUGGCCAAGACAAAUAUAAUUGUUCAGUUGUUCAUAUUUAGCAUUUGUGGGCGUGAUAUCCAGAUAAAACGGCCGUCACUUGGGUCUCAAUCAUUGCUGUGCGAAAUGCGAUGACGUAAUUAAUUAAUGACGUGUUGAGAAACAUGUUUACUAGGCAGAGAAAUUGUCAUUCCCUGAGCAGUCUUUUCCAAUAAGAAGCAUACAAAUAGUGAUAAGUAAGCCUAUUUCAUCGCAUUUGAUGCUUGCCUUAUAAUCUUUAAAUGUGGAAUAUUCCCUUUAAGAAAUGCAAAAUCUGCUGGAGAUAGGUACAGAUGACUGUAAGCCUUAAAUAAACAUUGCUACAUGAGUUCAAAGUAUAUGGGUUCUAUGCCAGCUAGGUGUCUUUGAAAUGAACCCCCAAGAUCAUUAUAUAGUAUGGCAGAUGCACACAAACUGGAAUGCAUCUAUGUUAAGCACCACUAAUGCUUCCAGUAGCAACAACGGAUAACUAAUUUGGCAACGGUUUUUGCUUUCUUUCUUGUGUCUUGUUGCCUGUUUUUUCAGUAAGGCUGCACUACUUAAGGACGUCAGCGUGUCUUGUAUGCUUUUCCUCCAAAGCUUGAGCUUUUCUGAUGGGCUUCCGAAGCGUGAUGCAAGUUUGAUUUGAUCUUCUGUCCAGAUGUUCCCAGACUCAUUAAAUGACUCCGUAUGAACUCGUUAUCGAGCACACACCCUCACAAUUCCAGGCGGACUCUGCAUGUCUGGAUGACAGAGCAGCACAAGGCGGCUAACCUGCCCACCGCAAGUGCCUGCCAUGGUGAAGAAAUACUUCUGUGACUACUGCGGCACGCGCUUCGCCUAUUCCCCGGAGGCGUGGCGGCGCCACGUGCGCGGCGUCGCGCACGUGCGGGCGCGCGCCGAGCACUACCGCCAGCUGUCCUCGCCGCGUGAGCUGCUGCGGUCGGAGCAGGCGCGCCGGCCCUGUCGACGCCGCAGCGAGCCCGGCGGCUGUCUGUUCGGCGACAGCUGCGUCUUCUCGCACCUCUCGCAGGAGGAGCUGGCGCGACUGCGGGCGGCGGUGGCGGAGGUGGCGCCCUCCCUGCGCCCGGUGGAGGUCACGCUGAGCCCCGGCCAGGUGGCGGAGUGGGGCUGA